AUGUCGCGAACAGUUGAUAAGCUGCCUCCACCCAAGACCAGGGCGCAGGUCAAGGUCAUUGUGGCAACGGCAAGCAGAACGGGAACGCGGAGCGUAUACGAGGCCAUGACGAUCCUGGGCUACAAGACAUUCCACAUGAAAGAGUGUCUUUAUCAAGGCGGAGUGCUGCACAUGGAGAUUCUCGCCGAGGCUAUCCGGGCGCAAUAUAGCCCCUCCUCAGGCGUUAAGCGGUACAGCAGACCAGACUUCGAUAAGUGGCUGGCUGAAUAUGAUUGCCUCGUCGAAAUUCCGUAUUUCCUGGGCCCAGGACUCCUCAAAGCCUACGCCGACGACCCGAACAUCAAGUUCAUCUUGAGCGACCGCGACCCCGAUAAAUGGGUGACCUCUGUGAACAAGACGGUCGGCGAGGUUAUCACCAAGAUGAACCACUUCCCGCUGAAUGUGUUGCAGUAUUUCAGUAGGGAUUUGCACAAAUUUCUCACUUUGAACAAGGUUAUUUAUGGGGCGAUUGCCGACGGCACUGUUCCUGGGGAUAGGGACAACAAGGCGGCCAUGCGGCGCAAUUAUGUUUCUUACAUCGAAAUGGCGAAGAGCGUCCUCCCCGCCGAUCGGCUCCUGUUUUCCCAUCUCGAAGAUGGUCUCGGCUGGGAACAAAUCUGCGCGUUCCUAGAUCUCCCCAUCCCCGACCAGCCGUUUCCCAGUCCUAACAUCCAGGAGAACUUCAGGAGGAAGGUUGGUGACUGGUUGAAGCCCCGGAUUCAGAAUGCAAUGAUGACGUUGGCUGCGGUGGUGGUUCCGGUAGUGGGAAGUCUGGUCUAUUUUGGAACGAAUUACCGGCCUGCGUCCGGGCUGGGGCCUGAAGCGUAA